CUCGAUACAAUGUCCAACACGGACUCUCCUUCGCUGUGGCGCCAAGAGCCAAGCCCCGAGGUGGAUAAAUUGUGGGAAGACCACUGGGACUCCAAUCCGAUGCUCAUGCCGGUAGAAGAUGUGGUCAAAAUCGGCCAUGAUCCGGAUUACGUUGUCCGCUGGGCUUCCGGAGCUCGCCAUCCUCAUAGGACUAUCGUCAGCAACCACGCACACCACCUGCUCCACUGCCUCGACGAACUUCGCAAGUCUGUAUGGACGAGCCACUAUUGGCCGGACGGCAAUAUGAACCCGUUCCAUCGCAACCAUCAAGCGCACUGCAUCGAUCUACUCCGACAAGAUUUAAUGUGUCGCGCUCCGAGGAAUGUAGUCUCAUGGAUAUGGAUGGAAUCGGAGCCCGCACCUCAGCCCAACUUCAACGUGAGCAUGAAGUGUGCCAACGACGGCUGGGAUGACAUGUGGUCGUGGUGGAAAGAGAGGCAGUUGACAAAAGAGCAAUUGGGUACCGAAGAGCCGGCGAAACCCGCGGGAGUCAAGGAGUGGCCGGCCUCCUCUGCACAGAAGAAGGAGAAUGAGGCUCUCAAAGAGCUGUGCAGUCAGCCGGGCGUGAAGUGUACGCAAGCUGGAGAACCUGUCGACUUCAGCGGUCAUUGAAACGUAUGUCGCGAGAACUCCGUGCUGCCAUCGUUUCCAUGGGACCAGUACUCGAGUUGACGAUCAUUUGAGAAUGCAAAGUCUUGUACAUUUUCCUCUU